AUGUCCACCAAGCCGGAAGGCAACAUCGUCCUCCCCUCCGAAGGCGCACGAGGCGGCCCAGACGCCAAAGCCGCUACAGCAACAUGCUACUGCGGCGCUGUGCAGAUCGAAGUCCCAACCGAAGGCCCCGGCCUCGUCGACACCUUCAUCUGCCACUGCACAGACUGCCGCAAAAUCACCGCCUCGACCUUCGCCUCCAACUCCAUUGUCAAGGAUACGCAUCUGAAGCAUUUGCGUGGUGAGGACAAGUUGACGCGAUUCAAGCAGAGUAGGACGAUUGCGAUGGGGAAUAGUAUGGAGAAUAGUUUUUGCAGUAUCUGCGGCACGCUCCUCUACCGCCGCUCCUCAGGCUAUCCAGGGAUGAGCAUCCCCCGAAUUGGAACGAUCGAUGAUUUCGACUUGCAGGAGACGAAGUUCAAGCCGCGGAUUGAGAGUUUGAGAAGGAUCGGGUCGGGUGGUUGCAGCCUAGUAAGGCGGUGGAUGAUUGUGAGGGCGCGGUGUAUACGGCGGGGAAGCACUGGGAGAGUAGUCAUGAUGGGGUUGGUGGGAGUGGGUGACUAG